GAAAUAAUCUCGACUGAAAAAUUUUGAAUCGGUUAACUACUGAGAGUGAAAUUUUAUAGGAAUACUGUGAUUAACAAACAGGACAUCAAUAUCAAACUCAUAACAUUCACUAAGAGGAAAUCUUUACUUAAUAUUUCAUAGCAGGAACAUAGAGGGAAAAGGCUUUACAUAGUCCUUGAACAAUACAUUUCUGUCCCUUGGACUGCGGAGGCAUUUUACACACGCACCCUCGUUUAACUUUUGCAUGUUCGUUUCAACCAUUCCGUUUUUUGCGACUAUUGUAACUAGCUAGCUGAACCAUGUCGAAAUGUCUGUAUUUACAAAAUUCGUUCUUUUACAGUUCAGCAACAGUACUGAAAAAGGUACAUCUAAACAUGAAGGGGAGGAAAAGCGCUGACCAGCGGUGGCUUGUACGACAGAUGAGCGACCCUUUCGUUAAAGCAGCUCAUUCUCAAAAUUACCGCUGCAGGAGUGCCUUCAAAUUGAUAGAAAUGGAUGAGAAGUACAGUAUUCUGAAACCUGGCUUCAGCGUCAUAGACUGUGGUGCUGCGCCUGGAGCUUGGAGCCAAGUGGCGGUACAAAGAGUCAAUUCAACAGGGGAAAGGCCAGAUUUACCCAGAGGAAGUGUAAUUGGAAUAGAUCUUCUGCACAUUGCCCCUUUGGAAGGUGCCCACUUCCUGUUCAAUCAGGAUAUCACAGAUGCCAACAUGCAUACAGUGCUGCAAAGACUCCUCCCUCAAACCCAUGCUGAUGUCAUCCUGAGUGACAUGGCACCCAAUGCCAGUGGUUUUAGGGAGCUGGACCAUGAGAGGCUAGUGAGCAUGUGUUUUUCACUGCUGGAGCUGGCAGAGAAGCUUCUCCGCCCUGGCGGCUCACUCGUCUGUAAGUACUGGGAUGGAGCUUCCACGCACAAGCUCCGGGAACAUCUCACGCACUCUUUUCGCGACGUGAGGACUGUGAAACCCAAAGCCAGUAGGAAAGAGUCAGCCGAGCUUUAUUUUCUGGCCAGGAUGUUCAGGAAGAUGUAGUGUCAUUCAUCAUCAUAUACUUAGAAAUAAAGAGCUUACUGAGAUGAUUUUUCAAGAAUUAAUGAUAAAAUACCGGGCCGGUGUCCCAAAAGUGACUUAAGACAUUGCAGUGCCAAUGGUGAAUACAAUGCCAAUGGACUUAAAACUGCAGUGUCAAUAGUGAAUCACCACUGGAAAUUCUUUUUAGUCUAGGCUUAAGCUUAGUAUGUGUCUGGGAAACUCAAAUGUGUAUCAAGGACUUUUCAUAUUUCUUGUGUAUUCUAUGUUUCUUUCAGAAUGUUUAUAUGUGUUUAUUUAUGUUGUACUUAACAUAGUUCAUGACUUUCACCACUUAGAAUAAGAAGAUUUAAAGGCUCGUAUUUGUAUUGAGAGUUUCCCUUUUUCAGAUAAUGGAGAUGCUUUGAAAUACCAAAACCCUCAUUGCAUGAGAAUGUUUUAAAGCCCAAUAAAAAGCUUCAGAGAAGCCUUA